CUUCAUAGAUGUGGGAAAUAGACCUCUCGUGAUCUAGGGUUUGCAGCCGCCUGCGAAAGGAGAGAGAUCCAAACAAGCCGAUCGAUAUCACAAACGUUUCUUCCGCAGUCUCCGCGCGAUCUUAAUGUCACUCCAAAAGUUCCUUCAAAACCUCAACACUGUCAAAAGAUGUCACAGUGUUUAUGAUCUCCCAAAACCCCACCUUCAACACUCGACCAAGAUUGGAGACGCCAUUAUCAAUGCUGUUUUGGUCAAUCACCACGCCUCCCCUGCCGCCCUCCUCCCCAAGCUAACCCCUUCCCUUGUCCACCUUAUUGUAUCUGACCCACAUCUCAACACUCCCAAGUGCAUUGAAUUCCUGAGUUUCCUCGAAAAAAACCAAUCUUUAAUGUCUUUCCAGCUCAAUUUCGACGCCCAUUUGUCUCUUGUCUGCAGGCUGGCUGAGGCCAAAGAGUUCCAAGUUGCCGAGUCUAUUCUGGGUGCUGUUUCAAAUCAUGAGAGCUUCAGGUAUAGCGUUUUAGCUGCUUUUAUUGAGACCCAUGAUGUUUCUUUGAGAGUAGCUUCAAAAGUGUUUAAUUGGUUGCUUAAGGCUUACUCGGAUAAUCAAAAGUUUGGAAUGGCUCUGGAGAUACUUGAUUAUAUGAUAAUUAAUGGUGUUGAGAUCAAUGAGAGGACUUGUACUGUUCAUCUCAUUAAGCUUAUGGAAUGUGAUCAAUGUGGGUUGGGAUUGGAAUUCUUUUACCGGAUGGUUGAAUCUGGCAUUCAAAUUUCUGUGUUUUCUUUGACUGCGAUGGUGGACGGGCUGUGCAAGUAUGGGGAAAUAAAGAGGGGCAGAGAGCUUGUUGAAGAGAUGGCUAGUAAAGGAUUAAAACCAACCAUUAUAACCUUUAACACACUUGUGGAAGCCUGCACUAACAGGUGGAAUUUUGAAGAAUUGCGCAAUGUCUUGACGUUGAUGAGUUGUGAAGGCGUGGAUUUCAUUGUCGACACAUACAGAUUUUUGAUUUGUGGGUUUUCGAGCAGUGGGAGAACGGGAGAUGCAGAGAGAACGAUUCGGGAGAUGCACGAGAAGGGGUUUAGGGUGGAUACUGAUCUGUACAAUUUAAUUAUGAAGGUGCAUUGCAGAUCAGGUGAAAUAGAUAAAGCAGUUUCUUUAGUUUCCGAGAUGAACGAACAAAAUGUUAGUUUAGACACGGAUACGUAUUCGUGUUUGUUGAGUGGACUUUGUAAGAAUGGCCAGGUUGAAGCUGCCAAUGAACUUAUUGAAAUUAUGCAGAAGAAAGGUUUUGAGCUGGACCAAGUUACGUUUGAGGCCUUAAUGCACUGUUAUUUGGAGGAGGGGAUGAUGGUGGAAGCAGUUAGUUUACUAGGUCUGAUGGAGAAGAAAGGAUUUUUUCCCGAUUUGAUUGUGUAUGAGAAGGUGAUUUGUGGUUUGUGCAAGUUGGACCGAAUCGAAGAGGCAAGGGCAAGACUGACCGUUCUAAUCAAAAGGGGCAUCCCCAAAGAGGAGUUAAGGAGUUCUAUUCCUUGUUUGACUCAGAAAGAAAUUUGCUCUAAAGAUGAUGUCAUAGUUAUUAAUGACGCUUGCCAUUCUCACUUAUGGCGCCUAUGGCUUUGUGGCGAGCAGUUGACGCCUUUCUCAGACCAGGCGUGGCGUUUUAUGCCAUUCUCGCUUAUGGCGUUCGCCAUGGACGCCAUACUCUGUGGCGAUAGGCGUUCGCCUGUGGCGAGACGCAGCCGGCUAAGCCUCCUCGACUUCUCCUCUGCCAGCGCCGCCCCUCCUCUCUCUCCCGAGUCCAGAGUCGCGCUUCACAGAGUCCAUAGUCGACGCAAAGUCGAGACUCCACUUCGCAGAAACUUCCUCCAAAAGUAAUUGAAAGGAUUGGCUUGGAAAUAUAUUCGACUAGAUGAUCUUAAAAAUACAUAUAAUACUACGUGUAUUUUUUAUAAUAACUGCUAUACUGAAGG